CGAUGAUGAACCGGCCGACGAUGACCAUCUCAAAAGAAUUGCUCACACCCGACAGUCCCAUGAAACCCCCGCCAAGUACAGCCAGGAUAUUAUUGAGCAGCAUGGACUUACGCCUGGUGGAGAGAGACAAGGAAGAAAGAGAAAGACCCGAUCAUGCCUCCCACACUGAAGAUGGCCACAGCAAAGCUCCACACCAUGGUGUUGGCUCCCGGGCUGAAGGGCUCCCCGUACCGGUCAAUGGACACAUUCUGGAAAAACCUACGCAGUUUCUGUCAAACCACAGAGAAGAGCGGUGGGAUUAGAAGUGACUAUUUGUGCCAUGAAGUCAUUGCAGAGAAAGCAGAGGAUGUUACGUGACACUUUGAAACAGUGGAGGAGCCUUUGAAAUGUGACGUAUAUGUUACGACGUAUUCGGUCUAGAGAUGCAGAUUUGGGAGGAUCUAUCCCAUGAAGUGGGACACAGUGACAGUCUCCUUUCUCUCUCCAUCACCAUCUUCCUGUCGAGGAAAAGGUCAAAGAUCACAGUCAGGAUAUAGGUGUUGUCCACUGCAAAGGAAGGAAAUUCUGUCACUUAGAACAAUGGGCCUGUUUCUCUAUCUAUAGACCCAGAGAGACUGAGAGCCAGAGGGAAAGAGGGAGCAAAUAUCGUCCAGUUAAGAGAGGAAAAACAAAAGAAAAGUACUCUGCUUUAGUUAAGAGAAGAUCGAACUAAUGGAUAUUAUGAAUUAGAGAUGUGUAUGUAGAUGUGUGACAGAUGUAGGCCUUUUGAAAAUGGAAUUUUCGUCGCGGGGAAAAGGAAACAUACAAGGUUAUUAGAUUACUUUGAGCUGUGUAUUUGCAUUUCGGUGGCGAAGAAUCAUCAUAACACACCAUAGAAGGAUCAGAAGUAACUGUGGAUGGAGGGGUCUGGCAGUCCGCGCUUCAGAAAGCUCCAUUUCCCAGUGGGUCUGUGGAUCAACUCGCCCAGGAAACACUUUGCCAAAUUAGGGGGUCGCUGGCCCAGCGCUAUCUCUGUCAAGUCGACCACCAGCUCUGACGCAGCCUCCCUCCACGAGGCCCCCUCUGCUCCUUCCUCUUCCCUUUCUAACUCCACCCUCUCGCUGGCUUCCCCUACCCCAUCCCCAUCUCCUUCCCCGGCCUUCCUCAGGCCGCGGCCUGCUGGGCCCCAGUCCCGCACAAAGCGUCUUUCCCACCUCUUCCUGCGAGGGCGCUCGAACAGCGACCGGGACCGGGCGGUGGGGGAGAGGGAGAGAGAGGUUUGGGCUCAUUCAGCUGCCCCCUCCUCCCACCACUACUUGCCCCCUGCCUCUUCCUCUGCCCCCGGCCUGAUCAAGAUCUACGGGGAUGCCCUCUCUAGUGGGGCCAACUAUCGCUCCCUGCUGGCCAACGUUUACUCCACAGCCAGACAGCUCAUCGCCCAGGUCAUCACCCGGUACACUGAGAGGGAGAGGGAGGAGACAGAUGACGCAGUUCUCCAGAAAUACAGCCCAGAGGACUUCCUGUUGUGUGAUGUCAUUGGAAAGCCCAUCCAGCAGCCAGAUGGAGCUAUCAAAUGGGAGACAGAGUGCCGGAGAAGCGUUGCCCCAUGGGAAUGUCCCUUGUUGUUAGUGGACAUGUGGCGGCCUAAGGAUGGAUUCGAGCGGCGCUUUGAAAUCCAAAGAAAGGAAGACUACGAGAGAGAAGAGAGGGAGAGGGAGAAGGAGCGCGAGAGGGAGGGAGAGAACUGUCAAGGUGUGCGCUGGCGGCGGAGCAGAAUGUCAUCAGGGAGCGGAGCAGAGGAGAGCGAGCGCGGCCACCGUGCAAGGAACUCAGAGCUCAGGAGGAGCAUCAGUGACAUGAACCUGAGUCUGCGGCGUCGCCAAGGCAACCACGUCAGCAAUGACCCACGUGGCUCUGGCAACCGGCCCAACAACAACGGAGGAGUGCAGGACAGGAAGAACAUUGUGAGCAUGAUCAACCCGCAGCAAGGAGAGAUUAGAACUUCAAAAGCCGAAGCAAAGGUUGGAUGGACGAACCAGCCAGCGGAGGACGAGAAGGAUUACUCCAGCUGUGACCUGGAAGUGAUGUCACAAAGUUUGAUCCUUCCACCCACAGACCGGCCCUACUUCCUGUUGCUGCAGGGUUACGAUCAGAGCAAGGAUUUUGUUUUGUACAUCAUGGCGGGACAUACGCAUAUGUUUGGAAGAAAGCCCACGAUGAGGGAGAGAGAGAAGGACAGAGAGAGGGAGAGGAAGGGGAAGAGGCCUCUGAAGGUGGACACGUUCCUCUCUGCUCCUGACCUCUUGGCCAGACACUUACUGGUCCGGAGAGACUCCGCUGUUCCCGAGACGCCCACCAGACAAGCUCUGAUGCGGCCCUUCAGAGGAGGUGCAGUCACUCACAACGGAGUGGCCCUUUACAGGGAGACGGUCCUAAAGCCUGGGGAUGUGAUUGGUCUGGGGAACCAUUUCCUUUUCCUGUACCGUGACCCCCGCGUGACUCCAGCUCCACCGCUGGCAUUGACCCUGCCAUGGCAGGCUGAUGCCUCCACCACCUGCUGCCCUUCAGGGUUAAUAGACAGACAGGAAGCUCUCAGGCAGUACCUGGGAUCUACGGAGGCAGUUCUGAAGUUUCAUCCCCGUCACGCAGACGCUCUGUUACAGGAGAUAAUCUCCAAAAAUUCCUCCCCAGACUCUGGAGGCGGGCCUUUAGCUCCUGCUUAUCUCCUGUCAAUCAUGAUAGAUCAUGCGUCCAAACACCUGGACCCCGCUCUCACACCACAGAUACUACUCAAGUCAGCCAAUCUAAUUAAAGAAAUUGUCUGGGAUAACAUUAAGGAAUUUGGGGAUAAGCAUCCCACGCAAAAUUCCACAGAACAAGAAGGUGAAAUAAGCACGCCGAAUGUCCAGAAAUUGUCCUCUGACCUUCGACCCCUGAUGUUCUGGAUGUCAAAUGCCACAGAGCUCCUUAACUUCUUCCAGGUCAAAGUUGAAACCAUGGAGAAAGAGUGGGAGUUUGAAGCCCCGGGGGACCCAGUUUUGACAGCUGACAUGGACACCUGUUCAGAAGCUCUGGCGCAGCUGGAUGACGUCAUUAUGCACACCUUCCAACAGUGUGUGUAUCACCUCACCAAGACACUGUACUCGCUCCUCCCAGCUCUCCUGGACUCCAACCCAUUCUCCAGGCAGGAGAAGGAGAAGGAGAAGGAUGGAGCUCGGGGUGCAGAGGGAGAAGAAAAAGGGGAAGGGGAAGGAGAGGAGGAUGACGUGUCCGCCUUACCGCCCAAAGUAGCCGGACUGGUGGAAGGGUAUCGCUGUUCUCUGAUGCUGUCGCGGGAUGCGUGUCUGUCCCCGCCGCUCACCUCCCAAACCUUUGGCUACCUCUUCUUCUUCACCAACACCUCCCUGCUCAAUACGUUGCUGGAGAGAGAUGGACUGUUUUCGUGGUCCAAAGCGGUCCAGAUCCGUACAAACUUGGACCUGGUUCUGGACUGGCUACAGGGGGCGGGAUUGGGAGACAUAGCCUCUGAAUUCUUGAAGAAACUGUCAGUCACCGUCAACUUCCUGUGUAUUCCCAAGACUCGACUUAUCCAGUCAUCCUGGACCAGUCUACAGGAGGACCACGUCUUGUUAAGCCCUUCCCAGUUGCACCACCUGCUCACCCAUUACAGGCUGGGUCCAACCAGAGCCCCACCAGCAUCCUGGGCCCCUCUGCCGGGCACAGAGCUGAGUGGAGACAUCUUUGAGAGCUUCCUGGACCAUCCUCCUCUAAUCCUGCCGAAUGAGACUCCACGCCUCGACCUCUCCCAGCCAAUCCCGAGCCCCGAGCUCCAAAAGGAAGUGACGCGUCUCCGCACCUUCUUGUGGGGACUCGACCAGGAUGAGCUCCCCGCCAAUCAGAGGACUCGGCUUUGAGGAAGCCCAUAUUUGUCUCUCUAUGGAUGUCUCAGAAGUGAAAAGGAAAUCACCAGAAACAACACACACACACACAAAACAAAAGAAAUGCAAACUGGACAUGUUUUCUGCAUUUUGUUGCCUGAUUGUUGUUUCCUUCAUGACAUUUCCAUAUCGAUUCAUUUUAUCCAUUUAGAUAUUUUCAAGUAAAAGAAAUGUAUUGGCUUUGGUAUGUCUUUAUAGAAUUUAUUUUAAAGCAGGGAGUAAAACCCCAUGUCUGUCUGUCUGUGGCCACGCAGUGUUAUGCUUUACGUGACUGUUUUACUUGGCUUCCAUGUAUGUUUUGAAACUACUUGUUUUUAAUAAAAUUCUAGUCUUAAAGACCUACA